AGAUAGCCAAAGCCCCCGCGUGGCCACGUCUAGAUCGCAGUCUUUGGUUAACGUGAACGGAAGAGCAGACGUAGCGCCAUUUCUUCUCUCUCUAUCCGUGUCUUUCCGAACCCUCGCGAUCUCUUCAUUCCCACCACAUUCAAAUACUUAACUUCCUCGCGUCUCUAUAUCUCUCCACCGUCUCCAUCACUUCUACCUGAUCGACGAUCUCAAGGAUUGUGCAGAAAAUGGCAAAAAUAAAAAACUUAUACGGGAAGUCUGAAUCACGUCGUCAUCAUAAGGUUGUAGGCAACAAGUUAUCAUCUCAUUGUUUGAAAAACUGUGGAAGGAAAAAUAAAUCAAAAGCAGUGGAGAAGAAAGAGUGGGUAGAUGUUACUUGCUCAGUCUGCAUGGAGUACCCUCACCGUGCGGUCCUACUCCUCUGUUCUUCGUACGAGAAAGGGUGCCGCCCUUACAUGUGUUCCACGAGCCAUCGCUAUUCUAACUGCCUCGAACAGUACAAAAAAGCCUACUCGAAAGCAACUGCAGGGGGCAGUACUAGGGUUAAAAACACGGAAGAUUCAAAACUGCUGUGUCCUCUCUGUCGAGGUCAGGUGAAAGGGUGGACUGUGGUUGAACCUGUCCGCAAAUAUUUCAACAGAAAGAAGAGAGCCUGCACACAAGAGAAUUGCUCGUUUGUUGGGACGUACAGAAAACUGAGGAAGCAUGUCAGGCUAGAUCACCCGUGUUCACGCCCUCGGGAAGUCGACCAGUCGAGCGCUGAGAAGUGGAAGAAGUUCGAGUACGAGAGAGAUCUUGAAGAUGUGAUCAGCACUAUCAGGUCUUCCAUGCCCGGAUCAAUUGUGAUGGGCGAUUAUGUUAUAGAGGGGGGAAUUUUUGACGACGAUGAUGAAGACGACAUCGAUGAUGAUGAUGAUGAUGAUGAUGAAGAUGACUUCGACGACGACGACGAUGAUGAAGAUGGCGACGACGACGAUGAUGAAGAUAUGGAGGCGUAUAUAGAUAAUGCAGUAUUUAGGCGUAAUUUUGCAAUUUCUCAACAGUUAUUUGAGAGGACAGGGUACUUGUGGAAUGGGGGGCAUAUUAUUAAUGGUGGUGGUGGCAGUGGCAGUGGAGGCAGUGUUGGCGAUGGUUUUUUGCCUCGGUUUAAUCGAUACCGGAGUAGGUUUUUGGCUCGAAGGCCAGCCAGGCGUCUGGACGAGGUGAGGAGCACAGGCAGCAGCAGAAGGUUGGGGUAGUUGGAUACUUGAAAGAAAAAAGUGUUUGUAUAGUUUUUGAUUUGAUAUUUCUGUAUUUGAAACCCUGGCCUUUGAUUUGGUUUAGACUUGUAGUUUUUGGGUAUUUGUUUUUGUUUAUUACUCUUUGUUUCCAGAUGACAUUUUCAGGUUGAAGUACUUUCUUCUCUACUCAACAUAAAAUGGGAUUCACUUUAAAAUAUGCUCUAUUGUUGUUCUU